AAAUGUGGAAGUUUCUAACCUCUCCGACCGAAAGUCAAUAUUGGACUGUUGCUGUUGGUUUCUUUAAGAUUUUCUAGUUGAAUUUUAACAAUGGUAGCCAUAAGUUCCAACGAGAAUAACCCAGCGACUUUGAAAUUAAUCGUAGCUGCCAAGUAUUCAAAACAAGAAGUAGAAAUAGUCAAAGUAAACCUCAAUGACAAAAAUGUUGCACCGCCUAAGCAUUUACCAUACUUCGAGGUGGAUGAUGAAAUAAUUUUCACGUCAAAUGCGGGGUUGUUGUACCUUUUACCACCAGAACAGAAUGAAAGUAAAGUGUAUGAGUGGCUGGAAUGGGAAGCCGCAGUGUUUACCCCAGUGAUAGCAUUUCUGAUUGGAAACUCAUCAAAGAACAGUUCACAAAGAAGCAAAUUCGUAUCGUGCUUGAAAAAACUGAAUGUUGGCUUGGAAAACCAACAAUUCUUAACAGGGGAUUCGCUAACAGCUUGUGAUAUUAGUAUUUGGUCCGUACUUUUUCCUCUUGUUAAAGACGAUACUCUAUGUAAAGAGUACAUAGAUAAAUCAACGCAACUCUUCAAAUGGUUUGAAAAUUUAGAAAAACAUUCUGCUGUAGUGGAAGCUUUGAAGCUGUAUAAAGUUGCCGCAGGACAGAUCUCUUACCAAGUUCUCUUAGCUAGUUGCAAAUACUUAAAUGAAUUCGGUAUAGAAAAUGCCAAUGUUGGUUCGCCAGAUCAAGUUGCAGUGGAAGUCACAUUGGAAGAGAUUGAAGCUGCCAAAGAAUCAUGGAAUAGAGUAAUUACAAAUGAUAUCAAAAAGUUUGAUAAACCUGUAUUACCCAAACCAGACGAAAAAAACAUAUUGAUAACAUCUGCCUUACCUUACGUUAACAACGUACCUCAUUUAGGAAACAUUAUAGGCUGUGUACUGUCCGCGGACGUUUUCGCCAGGUAUUCAAGGCUUCUCAACCGCAAUGUAUUAUUUGUUUGUGGAACAGACGAAUAUGGAACAGCCACCGAAACAAAAGCUUUAGAAGAGGGUCUAUCUUGUAAACAGAUCUGCGAUAAAUACUUCAAAAUACACGAUGCUAUUUAUAAAUGGUUCAACAUCAGUUUCGAUCAUUUCGGAAGGACUUCCACUCCGCAACAAACCGAAAUUUCUCAAGAUAUAUUCUUGCAACUCAACGAUAAUGGAUUCAUAUUCAUCGAGUCUGUUGAGCAGUUACAUUGCGAAAAAUGCGAUAGAUUCCUCGCUGAUAGGUUCGUAGAAGGCGGAUGUCCUCAUGUUGGAUGCACCUACGAGAACGCUAGAGGUGACCAGUGCGACGGUUGUGGAAAAUUGGUGAAUGCGAUCGAAUUGAAAAAUGCGAGAUGUAAAAUUUGUGGGAAUACCCCGAAAAUAAAAUCUUCCUCUCAGUUCUUUAUGGAUUUGCCGAAGUUGGAACCUCUGUUAUUGCACUGGUUUAAACAGUCUUCACCUGGUUGGUCCGCUAAUGCUCAAACUAUCUGCAAAGCGUGGUUGAAAGAAGGUUUAAAACCGAGGUGUAUAACGAGAGAUUUGAAAUGGGGAGUUCCGGUACCCAUGGAAGGAUAUAGGAAUAAAGUGUUUUAUGUAUGGUUCGAUGCCCCUAUCGGAUACAUGUCCAUAACUAAAAACUACACCGAACAUUGGCAAAAAUGGUGGAAACCCGAAGCCAACACCGAUAUAACAUUGUACAACUUCAUGGCCAAAGAUAACGUCCCGUUCCAUUCAAUCAUGUUCCCAGCAACACUCUUAGGAUGUAACAGAGGUUAUGUAACAGUAAAACACAUAAUGGCCACCGAAUACCUAAAUUACGAAGAUGGAAAGUUCUCAAAAUCUAGAGGCGUCGGUGUCUUCGGUACAGAUGCUCAAAACACCAACAUACCCAGCGACGUUUGGAGGUUUUAUCUGUUGUAUGUCAGGCCUGAAUCUCAGGAUUCGAAUUUCAACUGGAGUGACUUGGCGACGAAAAACAACUCCGAAUUAUUGAAUAACCUGGGAAAUUUCAUCAAUAGAGCUUUGAUGUUCGUCAAGAACAGCUUCAAGAAAACCAUCCCGAAAAUUGUACUGAACGAAGAUGAUCUCACUCUUCUUGCGUUAUGUAACAGGGAAUUCAAAGCGUACAUUGCUGCUCUUGAAAAAGCGAAGUUGAAAGAUGGGAUACGACAUAUUUUAGGUAUCUCGAAACACGGAAACCAGUACAUGCAAUCAAAUCAACCUUGGGUACUACUGAAAGGAACUGAAGAGGAGAAAAUACGCGCUGGUACAGUAAUUGGCGUUUGUUCCAACAUCGUUUGUUUCCUUUCCAUCAUGCUCUCUCCAUAUUUACCAGAGACCAGUGAGAAAAUCAGAAAACAACUCAAUGUAGACGAGUUAAACCUUUUUGGCAGAACCGGUAUAGCCAAUUUCUUACCCGAAGGACAUGUGAUAGGUGAACCAUCGCCUUUAUUCACCAAAAUCGAGGAAAGUCAAAUCGAAGAACUGAAGAAAAGGUUUGGAGGCAAACAAGAAACACAAAACAACAAUACUAAAAACAUUAAAGAACUUGAUACUAACGAUAAAGCUCUGAUACAAAAAAUGGUCGAUGAACAAGCAGCAGCUGUGAGAAAAUUGAAAGAGGGAGGAGCGGAUAAGAGUGUUUGGCAACCGGAAGUGAAGAAACUGUUGGCUCUGAAGGAAAAACUCAAGGUCGCUACAACCAAUGAAGCUUCAAACGGUUUGAAAGAUGACCCCAAAGUAGCUUCAAACGGUCUGAAGGAAGAUCCUAAGGUCGUUGAAGAGGAAAUAGCGAAACAGGGUUUGGUGGUUAGGAAACUGAAGGAAGGGGGUGCAGAGAAAUCGGUUUGGCAGCCGGAAGUUGAGAAAUUGUUGGCAUUGAAGAACAAACUCGCUAGUAUUACUGGUGUUCCAGUUGUUCAACCCAAAGGAAAGAAGGGGAAAAAAUAAAUCGAUCUCUCUUUUUGGUUGUUGAUAUUUUGCAUUCUUAUUUAUUAUUUUAUUUAUGGAGGAAUUCCUUUUGGACACAUUCUGAUUUUAUAAAUUAAACUUAAUUUCGAA